UCAAUCAAAGAGAGCUCUUGGACAUAGACUUACCGCAUUUAUUGAGCAUUUUAACUCAUUUUAUCAAAGUUUGUAGUGAUAAAACGUUUUUUCCAGUCAUAAUUAUUGUGUUAUAAUCCUAAAAAAAUAUUUUAUUGCCCUAGAAAUGUUGUUUACUGCGCUAGUUUUCAGUUGAAUAUUACCAUGUUUUGACUGAUUUGUGUUGUGUCCUGAGUCCUGCUGUCUUCCUUGGAUUGUUUUGAUAUUAUCAGAUGCAGCUGGGCGCGGGGAUGUGGGCGCAGGCGGCGGCGGCGGCGGGCUCGCUGCUGGCCGCCACCGCCACCGUGCUGGCGCUCGACAAUGAAGACAGGGUAUCCAUACCUCGCGGUCUCUGUCUCACGGCGCUCGGCUUCGUGUUCUUCCCGAGUCUCUUCUCUCUCUCCAACAACAUCGGCCUGCGCACGCCGCUGGGGGACAGACUGAGACAGAAGUACUCGCUCAGCGUCGGCGAUGUCAUGGAUAUUAAUAACAAACUAGUAUCAGCAGUGCAAGCGCUGCUCUGUGUAGUCACAGGCGCCGUAGUUUGUCUCUACUCCUGCUCCCGCGACGUGGUCCGGACCUCACACUACAUGUCCGAAGCGUACGCGUGGUUCGGAGCCGCCUACUUCUUCUAUGACAUCUGGUCUAUGUAUACGGUAUACGUCCAACAAUGCUUCGACAAAUCAACAGCCAAUCAGAACGGCCCGCCGCCCUCCUCCCCCCGCGGCGACGACCGCGCCCCGCCCCCGCCCCCCUCGUUCCUCGCCUACUGCCGGCACGACCCGGUCAUACUGCUGCACCACGUGUUUAUAGGCGGGUUCGGGUUCGCUGUCAUUGUGCACCUCCGAGGUGACCUAGGCGACUGUGUGUUCGGCUUCGCCUACCUCAUGGAAUUAUCGACGCCCUUCGUCUCACUACGCGGGGUGCUGUCGCGAGUGCGCCAAAAGUCGUCCCCACUUUACGUAGUCAACGGUCUGGUGAUGCUGGCUACAUUCUGCGUGUGCCGCGUGCUGGCGCUGCCCGCCGCGCAGUGGCUCUACGCGAGGCAUACGCAGAUGAACUACUUCGAUAGUAUAGCCUCCCUCCCUCGCGGCUGCAAGAUCUCCAUCUGCAUCUUACUGCUUCCACAACUGUACUGGUUCUACCUGAUGUCUCGCGGCGCCGUCAAAGUGCUGUUCGAAACCACCCCCGCUGUUGCUGACUCUAAGGUGGAGAAGGAGGAGAACAAACCUAAGCGCAGUUGAUACAGACGACGCGCGCACCGGCGGCGCAAGUGAACUACCACGUAGGGGGGACGGGGGGACACCGGGGGGGGGACGGGGGG